CGAAGCCAUAACGAGGCGGUGAAAGAGGAAGAUGAGAGAUAUUGUUUUCUGUCGCGGUUAAUGUGGUUUGGCGGAAAGAAAAAGAAUGACAACGGUUAAAACAAAAGCCCCUGUACCCUACAUUGGCUCACAAAUCUCAACCGCGCGAAGCUACACCUGGUGUAAUCAGCAGCCAAGUUUCACCCGGAUCUCGCGCUAGAUGACGGCCUCGAGCGGGUUUCCUAAAUGACCUAGACACAGGCUGAGGGGUAACUAAGUAUCAAGAAGAUACUGCAAUUUUACUCGCAUUUAGAGGCACAACAGAAAAUUGGCAGCGAAAGAUGUCAAAUUCAAAAAUAGUGUCAAAUGAUGAUUUACGUGGAGACAAAGAUUCGCCUGAUGGAAGCCAGGCUGCUUGCAGUGCUUCAGAUGUUAAAACCGGGAUGACCAAAAACAAACCAAGCUUCUGCCAUAAUAGUAAAAAAGUAUCACGAGAAACCAGUGACGUGGAGGUUGAUGAGCCUGAUGCAAAUCCGAGAAAAGAGCCUGGAAUACUUAGAAAUAUAAGCAAAAGGUUGAGCAAAAGGUUAAGUUUGACGUCAACCAAAAACAAAACAGUAAAUGUGUCAGAUGAAAAUACAGUAAAUAAUUUGAAAGUAGACAUCAAAGAACAGGAAGAAAAGUGUAAUUCAGUAGAAAACCAAGAUGCUAAAUGCUCAACUGAGAACACAAAGUUGCCGCUGUCAGUAAUGGAAAUAAACCAGUUAAUAUCCCAAAACCUGUUACUAGAGGCAAAUGAAAAUAUAAAUAAAUUGGAAGAAGAGUUAUUCAAUGAAAGAGAGCCUGAAAAAGAUGAAAAAUACCACCAGGAAUACAUAAAAAAAGUUCGCGAUUUUAACUUGCUCUGCGACAAGCUUGCUGAAAAAAUAACUUCCAUAGUCUCAAAUUCAUUCACUGUAGCUCAACAAGACAGUAGAAUUUUGUGUGUGGCAUUGAAAGUUGUUGAACUGCAAGAAGCAGCAGACAAAAAAUGGGAAGAAAGGAUGAAUCCUCCUACCACUAACUGUUUCAGACGUCCACGGAAGUGGAAUGAUUUGUGGAAAGAAACAGUUUGUAAAAGUGUGCAAGAAAGAAUAGCUACUGUGCGUUUACUUACAAAGCAGCAGGAUGCAAAAUGGCUUGCAUUACAUUUGGAACAGCUUCAACAAACUAUUUUGGAAGAUCUGAAAAUUGUGAAAGAUUUCAUACAAAAAUGUUACCCUGAAAAUUACAAGGUUUUUAGCAUGUAUGUAGAAUGCUAUCACAGUGAUGUAUCUUCUCACCUGGAGCGCAUCCAACAGAACCAUCUUGAAUGUAAUGAACUUUAUUCGUUUCUCAAUUGGGUUCUUCACACCUACCAAAGAGAUUUGGCAUGAGCACACCAGGUGCAUCAGCAGAGUGGCAGGCAAAUUUUGUGUUUGCAAAUUUUGCAAUGUAAAAAUGACCAGCAAAGCUUUUUCUUAGAC